AUGGCCGUCCCGACCUCUCCUAUCGACAGCACGUUUGGGGCGCUCUUUAUCGGUAUGGUCUUGGCUGCUGUGCUCUGGGGCGUUUCAUGCGUACAGACGUGGUAUUAUUUCGAUAACUACCGACACGACAGUAUAUUCCUGAAGGGCGUGGUUUUCCUCACCUGGCUCAGUGAUACUAUUCACCAAGUCUUGAUAACGCAUGUUUUGUACUACUACACUAUCAGUCACUUCGGCGACACAGACGCACUCGAAAACAUCGUAUGGACUCUAUACGUCGAGGUCGUCUUUAACGCUAUCACGGGAUUCUUGGUGCAAAGUUUCUUCGCCUACCGUAUCUGGACAUGUUUUCCGGAAAAACUUCGCAGUCCUGUCUGUCAUCGUGCUUUUGAUAUUGGGAGAAGUGGGGACCUCAGUAGCAUAUGUCGGCGGUGGCGCACACCUUCCUACGUUUACCGGCCUCAAAAACUGAAACCGCUGUCGAUGUCUAUCAACGUACUCGCUGCAGCAGGAGAUGUUCUCAUAUCGGUUGCCAUCUGUUUCUUCCUUAACAAUGCGAAAUCGGGAUUUGCCUGGAGUAACAACGUCAUUAAUCGACUGGUGCAUCUAAUUUGUUCCAUUACGUUCGGGUUUAAUGAUAUGAUCAUUCUUGCUCUCCCGAACACUUUGGUUUAUUUCGCAUUCUACUUCAUGAUUGGUCGAUUUUACGUCAAUUCGCUGUUGGCAACGCUCAAUUCGAGAAAGAGCAUGCGCACGCCUGCUUCUACCGAAGCAGAAUCGCACUCUCUUCAAGAUCGCGCGCGCAGCACCUUCAGCGCUCGCCUCCGCGGCAUCAUGUCGACCCAAGACAAUAAUAAGCCACACACGACUCCGCGAAUCGAGGUGCAAAUCAGUACUAUCAAGGCUGACGACUACGGAAAUGACGAGGCCAGCCUGCAACAAGAUGAAGAGACUGCCGUUGUGGGGAUGCAGAACAAAGCUGAUGACUUUAAGUUUCCGUCGAAUAAGUCCAGCGAGAAGGUCGUAUAGAUUGCUUCAUACUAACAUGGAGCGUCAAGGUGCAUGUAAUGUAUUUAUGGGACACAACAUAUGCAUAUGCGUAUUGCCAUAUGUGGAGCGCAUUGUGCGCGUUUUCAUGAUGCUACGAGGUGAUGCAGUGUAACGCUACUGGCCGGGAGCGGUAUUCGGGAACGGCCCUCAGUUCCAUGGUGAUAUGUACUUUUCCGGUCUGCACAAACUUCUGUGUCCCAGUACAAGGUCCCAUUCACAAUUAUGGAGUAAGGCCAAG